UCCCUGCCCUCUCUCCUAAUCACAACAUCAAACCAACCAUGGCAUCCUCACCCCACACAACAAAGCAAUGGGUUCUGGCCCACAAACCCACCCACCUCCCCAUCCUCACCGGCCCCAACGCAACCUUCCACCUCCAAACCACCACCCUCCCGCCCCUCCAACAAGGCCAGAUCCUCGCCCGCACCCGCUACUUCUCCAACGACACCGGCCUCCGCAACUUCAUCCACCCAGGCGCCACCUCGGCCCGCCUCUACGUCAACCCCGUGGCCCUCGGCGAGCCCAUGCAGGGCGGCUGCCUCUGCCAGGUCCUCGAGUCCGCCGCCCCGGCCUUCAAGCCAGGCGACCUCGUCCUCUGCGUCCUGGCCAGCUGGGCCGAGCUCCUCGUCCUCGACGCGGCCUCGCCCAUGCUCCAGGGGCCCCUCCCACCUCUGCCCGCCCACCUCCCGCCCACCCAUUUCCUAGGCGCCUUCGGCUCGUCCGGUCUGGCAGCCUACACGGGCCUCUACUUUGCAGGCGAGGCCAAACCGGGCCAGACCAUUGUCAUCUCCGCGGCAGCGGGCGCGACGGGGUCCAUGGCCGUGCAGAUUGCCCUGCGCAUGGUCGGUGCAGGCAGGGUGGUCGGCAUUGCGGGUUCCGACGAGAAGUGCGCGUGGGUGCGAGACUACCUGGGCGCGCACGCCUGCGUCAACUACAAGAGCGCGACGUUUCUCGAGGACCUGGCGGCGGCGACGCCUGGUGCCGAGGUGGAUUUGUACUUGGACGCCGUGGGAGGUGAGGUGCUGGAUGCGGUGCUGGGGCGGAUGAAGAGAGGGGGCACGGUGGCGGUGACGGGGGCCAUCUGCACGUAUAACAGCGCCGAUGAGCCGAUGGGGUUGCGGAACUGGUUUCAGAUCGUGGCCAUGAGCCUGACUGUGAGAGGGUACACGUUUCUGAACUGGAUGGACAAGGUCGGGGCCAUCACGGAAGAGCUCAUCCAGGCGGCGGCGGAGGGCAAGAUCAGGCUGGAUGAGGGCGAGACGCUGGUAGAGGCGCCCAUCGAGAGGCAGCCUGAGAUAUGGACGUCCUUGUUCAGUGGUGCCAACAAGGGCAAGCUCGUCACGAAGCUGAUGGAGUAA